UUUCCACCAGUAGGUAGGUGGAAUAUCCUCACGGAUCCCUAUUACGCAGGAGCACGAGCACCGAUUCUGAUAUCCAAGAACACAGCAGAGACUCAAUCAGCACACAUCAUCCAAACUGCUUUUCGCCAAAAUGCACUCUACAGACGACGCAGGCUUCACCGUGCACUGCGCCGACCUCAAGUGGCUCCCCCUCGCUCCCGGAGUCGAGAUCAAGGUCGUCAAGCUUGUCCCCGAGACAGGCGAGAACACAAUCAUGGUGCGGGCCCAGCCAGGGGGUCUGCUUCCACGACACCGCCACCUUGACAGUGCAGAGAUCUAUGUUCUCAAGGGUACCGGAGCCCAUCCUCAGACUGGUGCCUACGCGGCAGGCGACUACAUCUCGGAGGCUAAGGGGGCGCUUCACGACCCGCUGCCUUUUGAUUGCGAGACCGAGCUGCUGAUGGUCAGUCGUGGUGCGUCUGUGUUCUUGGCAGAUGAUGGGUCGGAUAUGUUUACCAUGGAUGUUGCUAUGUUGCAGGGUUUGGUGGAUGCGGCGGAAGCCUAGGAGUUGCACAAACGAAACACAGAGAACAUUUCUCUCUUUUUCUGUCUGUCUUUUUGCUUUUCAGGAAGCAGCGGAACAUUUCAUCAAACUGAUGAUUUGGAUUCAUCCUCACAGCCUUCAUGAGAAGCUCAUCCCCAAGUUACAGAUAAUGGAGCAUUAACACUGGGUGGGAAUAUGAGGGGAUCUGUGGGAGGUCCGAGAACUCCA